UCUGUCAUGGACAUGUGCAGUUAUGGUCAGCCUGCUAAGUCUACUAUGGCUACCAACAAUAGUAUCUACAACAACCCCGACGACUGAAGAUGUACCCUAUACCUGUAAUAAGUGCUGUCAAGGACCACCUGGGCAAAACGGCUUUCCAGGAGUUCCCGGACCACCUGGAGGAGGUGGUCCGGCUGGUGCACCUGGUAAUAGGGGUGACAGAGGUGAAACAGGAGCUUUAGGCAAAAAAGGAGAACCUGGAAAUGAAGGUCUAAAAGGUGAUAAAGGAAGUGAAGGAUCUCCUGGCAAACAAGGUCCAGUCGGACAAUUAGGACUAAGGGGUGCUAAAGGAAAUAAUGGUGCUAAAGGAAAUAAUGGUGCUAAAGGAAAUAAUGGUGCUAAAGGAAAUAAUGGUGCUAAAGGAAAUAAUGGAGCAAAAGGCGAGCCAGGAUUUGUCCGUAAAUCUGCGUUUACUGCAUUGCGCACGACUUCUAUUCAGGAUACAGAAUCAGCCAUCUCUUUCACAUCGAUGAAGUUUAAUAUUGGAGAGGACUUUAACAAAACUAGUGGAAGGUUUACAUGUAGUGUUUCUGGAGUGUAUUACUUUAUGUUAAAUUUUGAGUCCUAUAAUGGAGUUUCUACACAUGUUAAUAUUAUGUUGAAUGGGAAUGCAAUCACAUAUAUUCGUCGUAGUGACGCCACAGGUCAUGAGCAUUAUAGCUCUGGAGUAACACUUCUACUCAAUGUCGGCGAUCAAGUCUGGCUGACAAACGAAAGAAAGAAAGUGUAUGGUAGCACUACCCUUCCUAUCAUAUUUUCCGGAUUUAUGGUAUACGAUAUGAACUAAUAACAGAAAAAAACAUAGAGUGUACUUUAGAGUACAGCAUAUUUGUUCCUUAUAGUUUGCAAGAACAUAUUGGCCUCAUGUGGAAUGACUACAAGAAUAUUUUGAAAUGGCUAGUUUACUUAGUUAAAGAGGGGUAUAAAUUAUUUCAUUUUCCUGGUAUUCUGUGCCUCCAUAAUGCACUAACCUUAUACCCUUAAUUAUCAAUGUAUUAGUUGUACUUGUAUAACCUGUAAUGUUUGUUAAACAAUUGUAAGAAACGAAUAGCGUUUUAAUCCACAGGCUUAAUGGUUUUUUGACAAUGUUACCUACGGAAGCUUAGUAUUCAUUUAUUAAACGUGUUUAUGCAGUAGUUCCUUCUAUAAGUUAUAGUUUUAUUUUGUAAAUGUUAGAAUGUAAGCGAAAAGCGUAAUUCGAAUAACAGUAAGCCAUAGUACAGAGCAUUCACACCGAAUCCGAAUUUUCAGAUCGGGAAGCCUACCAAACUGACCAGAAAAUCAGAUCAGUAGGUAAGA